AUGGGAGAAAGUAUGUUUCUUGUCCCUGAAUCAGUUCAGGAAGCAAAUGAAGUUAUUGCUCGGAUUAGAGCACAGAGGAUUACAUCUCAAGAUCGACACAAAAGCUAUGCAAAUCCCAAGAGAAAGGAUAUAGAGUUUUCAAUUGGUGAAUACAUCUUCCUUAGAGUAUCACCAAUGAAAGGAGUUAGAAGAUUUGGAAAGAAAGGGAAGUUAAUUCCCAAAUUUGUAGGCCUGUUUGAGAUUCUAGAAAGAAUUGGGCAAGUGGCUUAUCGGUUAUCAUUGCCACCAACACUAUCAAGAGUGCACAAUGUAUUUCACGAAAAGUCAGUACAGAUAUUGGAUAAGAAGGACAAGGUGUUGAGAAACAAGAAAAUUCCAUUGGUUAAGAUUCUAUGGAAGAACACUGCGGUGGAAGAAGUGACUUGA